UCGUUUUGGUGUUAAAUCAUGGUGGCUUAAAAUUUUCUCAGCUGACGUAUCUGUUGAAAGUCAAAAUGAACGAAGAAGAAGAGAAAGUGGUAAUAAAAUAUGUCACCAAGAUUCAGAAAAAGAUAACUGACCCACAAGCACCUCAGAAAAAGAUAAUUAAAUAUCUUGGUAAUCUUCAAAGUUUGCCAGUAACUAUCAGCAUACUGAAGUCAACAAACAUUGCAAAGACUUUGAAAACUUUGAAAAAGCAUGAAGGAAUUCUUGGAAAUGCUGCAAAUGAUCUUUUGAAGUUGUGGAAAAGUAAAUUUAUCACAGAUAAAGAUAAUAAAAUGAAACUUGAACAUAAAGUAAAGGAGGCUCCAGAGAAAAAAUUGGAAAAAGAAAGCAAUUUAGGAGGACAUAGCAAGCAAAAUAGGAAUGAUUUUUCUAAGAACUCAAUAGGUAAAUCAAAAGAUCCAUGGAGAGAUGUAUCAUUAGAUUUCUUAGGAAAUGAAGUUUCCAACAAGAAGAAAAAGAGUAAAUUAAAGGCUAAAGAUGAAAAUUCUAGUAAAAAUCAUGUGGAAAAAUAUGCAGAUAAAGUAUUUCCAAGACCAAAAGAGAAAAAGCAUGUGAUUGAAGUCAGACGUGAUGUUGAAAUGCCCUCUCUGCCAGAAAUAGAAUUACCUGAAAUUCAAAGAAUAUACAGGCCAUUACACUUUUCUGGUAUCGAUGAUGACAUAGAAUUGUCGCAGCGAAAAAAAGGUAUAGUUAUUUUUUAUUCAAACAAUCUUUUGGUGGUACAAAACUUGUAAAUAGCUUUGAAAAAAGCAAACAUUUAGUAAACUAAAGCUUUUCGUCUGACACUCUUCAGAGUUUAAAACGUCAGAACAUAGAUCAAAAACUCUACGCUAAGAAAUAUAUAUACCCAGUUGUGGAUCGAAAUAGGCCAAUCAGAAACACGAGCACAUGACUGUAAAGGUUGACCAAUCAGUGCCGCUUGCCUAUUAGAAUGUUACCAAUGGAGUCCUAAGGUGAAAACGAACUCCUUUUGCCUACACAGUAGCGGUUUUUUUCGUGCUUAUGUAGAUAGAUUCUAAAACUGCUAGGUGGAACGACGAUCGGGCUUUACCAAUAAUCCGAAACAUGUCGCCAUUAUAGUUUUUUGCACAAUCUGGGUUUUCUAGCAAAUGCUGCCCGAUAGCAGAAUCGCAGGUUUUAUUAGUAAUUUUGGAUUUGCAAGACCGAGGUGGCUGUUCUCUUUGGGGAUGUGUUUUGUUUCUAAUAUUAGAUGGAACGUGUUGUUUUAUCCUAUCCUCCAAUCUUUGGGUGGUGCGUCCUACGUAGCCAGAAUCACACUGGCACGUGAAUUCAUACACAACAGAACUUUUUUUUGUGGCAGGAACGCAGUCCUUUUGAAUGGACGGAAGGGCCUUUUUUGUACUGUAAACAACACGUGGGUUAACCGCGAAGAAACAAUUUGUUAUGGCCUGUUUUAUUUGGCUUUCAAAACGUAGGGAGCUGUUACCGAUCCAGGGUAGUUUUAGAUAGACCGGGCACU